GCUCAAUAGAUAAGAGACGCUUUGUUUUAACGUCCAGGUUUUGUUUCAGUUCAAUGCUGUAGGGACUAGAAAUGGCAAUAUCAGCGAAGUUAAGCUCAAAUGGACCCUUGAUUCUGAUACAGUACACAAAAGUAAGGAAGGUUGGAGCCGGGUAAAAUUUAGAGGUCCUGGUGGCACAGGGACGUUGACGGAAUAUAUUACACUUUCAAGCAGUAUGAAUCGAAAUUACCUUACAAAUUACGUCAUUGAUGUAAAAGGAUACAGGGGUAAACCAGAACCGAAAGAUGCAUGGACCCAAGUUCGUAUGGAAGGAAGGUUUGAAUUGAUUCCAACAAAGCAAGAUAACUUUGCAGAAUUGGAUCCAAUCCUGAAAAAUGAUGCCAAGACGCACAUAGUUGAAAAUAUCGAGUUUGACAAGAAAUGCGACAGUAUAACGACGUGCACCUCUGACCUAAAGAUUACGGUAGAGAUGUUUCUGACCAAGGAAGGAGUAGUACCUACUCAAGUUAAAGAGGACACAAACAUAUACAUCGAUGCUGCUAACAUUCUACAGGUGACGACAGAUACCACGAAUCUGUUUAACUCGUCAUACAGAGCCAACGUCAGUGGUGAAGUAACAGCUUUAAUGAAGCGAGACGCUUCCCCGAACAAUGGUUUGGUAGGUGCAAGCUGCAAGUACGAAUCCCCACACCAGACAAGCACAACGAUUUACUGUACGGCAGAUAGUAAACUUGAUAGAAAUGAAAAUAUGAAAAUCAAGAUGUAUUUUGACGUAUCCAGGCAACGGCUGAUUCCUGGUAUGGAUAUGAGCAAAAUGAAGGAGUACGUUCAUAUUGCUUUGGUAACCGACCAGGCAAACAAGGAUGUGAACAUGGACAACAAUAUGUUUGAGAGGAAGAUCCCAGUGAAGUUGAAAUUCCAAGUGAUUAUACAGGCAGACAAAGAGACAUCUGAUCAAAUCAGAUACAAGGCCGACGAGAGGAGUACACGAAAAAUAACCCUUAUUCACCGCUACUUCCUUAUAAAUGAGGGACCAAGCUUUCUGCCAAAGACGUUUGUUAAUAUCUCAAUACCGUUGUCCAAGAAUGAAGUAGACCUCGCAGUUAUCAAGGAAAUGUCGUCUAAAUGUAGUGUCCGCGGUAAGGCCCCGAUAGUCCAGACAACAACAUCAAGCACGAAGUCAACGACAAAAUUCCCCGUUCAACCGGAAACUGAAAUAGAAAGAAAACGAAGGGAAGCAAAACAAGAACCGAAAACAGCUAAAAGUUCUGGAGACAAACCACAGGAAACGGCUAAAAACAAAAAUAUAACCUGUGAAGACUAUACAUGUGCAAUAAUUGAAUGUGAAGUGCUAAAUCUCGAACACAAUAAACAAGAGACCAUUGAUAUAACAGUAGAUGUUUAUGAAAAGGAACUGGCAAAGGAAAAGGAAGUACGUGAAAUACGCUACGAAACGAUUGCUACAGUUACUGAUCCUUAUAUCUGGUAUGGAGGAAAGGUUGUUCCAUGGGAUAAAACCGUAUAUGCUGAGAAAUGGACAACAUUUGUCGUUGAGCCCACGUCUGUUGUGUCCGAAGUGAAUAUAUGGAUUAUCAUUGGAAGCGUCCUAGGUGCACUUGCACUACUGAUCAUUGUCAUUGUAAUCCUAUGGAAGUGUGGAUUCUUUGCACGUAAGAAGCACAACCAGGUACAGCAAUGGAAAAGAGCCAGUCUGUAUAACCGCAAAAGCGUCAGGAUGUCGUCACAUGAAAAACAACCUUACACUUCUAUGGAAGAAAAAGAAUUAAAAUAAUAAACUGUUUAUUUUCUAUCAAACUAAUAUUCAUUUUGUUUUAGGCAACAUUAUUUACCCUCUGUAGUUAUAAUAAUCUAAAUGUGUCAGUGUUUUGUAAGUGUACACGCUUAGGAGUAAAUAUACUUUAGCAUAGCAGUGACAGAUGUUACUGCAGUAAAACUGUUGUACUUAGCAGUAAAACUGUUGUAAAAGUAGUAAAGCGGAAUAUAGCCAGAAGUAAUACAAUUGGCAGCAAAAACGAUGAUAUACUUGUUAGAGCAGUAAUAAUAUUUAAGGAGUGCUUCAGCAGCACUAGCUGAUGCAUCUGGGGUAUUUUUGCUACAAGGAGAAUACUGUCGAUACUGCAAUCAUUAGUUGCUGCAAUAAAGCCAAUAUGUAAAGCCCUAUAUAUGUAAGCCCUAGAUUUGUUAGAAACCUUACAUUAGUCUUUCUUGCGUUAGCUUAAAAUUUCAUAAUAUACUUGCUCUGUUGUAUAUUAAUAUAAAGGUUUCCGUAUGCUUGAAGUUCUAUAUUUAUCUAGAAUGAUAGAAAUACGUGCGUAUGAGAAUACAUAAUAUUGCAUGAUCGAACUUAUAGAAUAUAUAGAAUAAUGUAAAAAAAUAUCAAAAAUGUCUACAAUCAUAAUUUGUUAAGGAUUUUGAAAACAAAUUUUAAAGUUGAUGCUUCUUAAAACAAGAAGAGUUACUGUCAGACAAUACUUCUUACAUCUGUAUUUUUCAUAAUUUUAAAGCUAGGAAUAUGUUCUUUGCCCUGUCUGUCAACCUCUGAAGAUGCCGAUAAGUUCAGGAAGAGCAUGCUAGUCUGUAGAAGGAAAUAUUCGUCUACUUGUUAGGUCACCUGUCACAAAGUGACAAGGUGGGCUUUUGUGAUCGCGCGGCAUCCGUCGUCUGUACGUCCGUGUAUGCGUCAGUGCCUAAACAUUUGCUUGUGACCACUCUAGAGGUCACAUGUUUCAUGGGAUUUUUAUGAAAGUUGGUCAGAAUGUUCAUCUUGAUGAUAUCUAGGAUUAUGUGCGGUCUAAAACUAGGUAAGUAGGUCUAAAAAUAGAAAAACAUUGUGAUCUCUCUAGAGGCGAUUUUUUUUAUAGAGAUCUGUAUGAAAGUUGGUCAAAAUAUUCAACUUGAUGAUAUCUAGGUCAAGUUUAAAACUGGGUCAACUGCCAUCAAAAACUAGGUCAAUAGGUCUAAAAAUAGAAAAAAAACCUUGUGACUUCUCUAGAGGCCAUAUUUUUCAAUAGAUCUUAAUAAAAAUUAGUCAUAAUAUUCAGCUUGAUAAUAUCUAAGUCACGUUCACAACUGGCUCACCUGUGGUUAAAAAGCAGGUCAGUAGGUCUAAAAAAUUGAAAAACCUUCUGACCUCUCUAGAGUCCAUACUUUUCAAUGGAUCUUCAUAAAAAUUAGUCAGAAUGUUCAGUUUGUUGAUAUCUCGUUCAAGUUCGAAACUGGGUUACGUGCCGUCAAAAACUAGGUCAGUAGGUCAAAUAAUAUAAAAACAUUGUGAUCUCUCUAGAGGCGAUAUUUUUCAUGAGAUCUGUAUGAAAUUUGGUCUGAAUAUUCAUCUUGAUGAUGUCUUGGUCAAGUUCGAAACUGGGUCAACUGCGGUCAAAAAUUAGAUCAGUAGCUCAAUGUCGUCCGUGUGUCCGUGCGUAAAUUUUUGCUUGUGACCACUCGAGUUUGAGAUCCAGCCUUGAAAUUUGGAUGACAUGUACAGUUUUGCACACCAAUCUUUAAACUGUCUUACAGUGACCAUAGAUCUACUUUCUAAUAUUUUAGCAUCAGUCUGCCAUUUGAAACGUGUGGUUCAAUAUACUCAGGUGAGCGAUUCAGGGGCAUUAUGACCCUCUUGUUUACUAUAUCGUUAGACAGUAUGAGCGAAUGUUUUCAGCAUAUAAAUGCUAUGAUUCUUGUUAAACAUUAACUAGCGGGUGCGAGUGGUGUUGCACAUCUCAUUACGUCUCAUGAAAAGACUCCGUAAACACCGAGUCUGUUAUCAUGUUGCUUGGUUGCCUUCAAUGCUUUCAAAAGGUCUUUUUACAUAUUUUAUCAUUUAUCGUGAGCUCUUAUGGUUUUAAAUACAUUUUGUGCUUGUAAAAAAUGUGUAUUAAGCUUGUAUGAACUUUAAUGUACAGUACAACCUCUCCAGAGCGACCCUCUUUUAAGCAAAAACCUUUCUAUAACAACAUCAUCAAAUUUUUCCUAAGCUGAAAUACACUAUCAAAUUUACCUCCCCAGAACAACAACCUCUACAUAACAGUCAAUAUUUGUAUUUCCCAAAGAAUGUUGCUCUACAGAGGUUGUACUGCAUCGUAAAUUGUGCUUUAUCAGGAAUUAUAAUAAUGUGACAUUAAAUAAUUCACAUUUUUGCAAUACUGUGUAUUGAGUAAUGUUCGCGGAGGUUUCAUUUUCGCUUAUAUUCACGAAAAAUGUUGCUUGCAAUUUAUUUUAUUCUCCAUCAUUUUCUAAAGCACAAACACUCUCAUUUUGAGAACUUUGAACACAGCGAAUAAGAUUUGUAAACAUGUAAUUGCUAAAAAUUGCAUUAGCAUAAUAUUACACAAAUUAUAGUAUUACAAAAUAAAAUCUGAAAAGUAGAUCAUUCGGAAGCACCGAGAACAAGGCAAACUGUGAAAAUUACAGAUUCGGUUUGACUGAGUCUGUUCAUUAGCAGUAAUGGAAAAUGCAACAAUGCCCACGCCACGCCCCCAAAACGUGCAACUGCUUUUUAAUAACCAGUAUUCAAUCUUCAUAACUCUUAAUUAAACAAGGCAAUAAAACUAAAAGUGUAUUUGAAUGUGGUCGCUUUGUUAUUGUUAAUGGCAUUAAUAUCGUAAUGAAACAGUUAACAAUAAAAUUAAUCCAACAAUAUCUGUUUGUCCCCCGAGCCUGUAAUUAGCAGGUGUAAUCAUUCAGACUGAGUUCAUUACGUUAUUUGAGAUAUACCUUUUUACAUGACCUUUCUCCACAAAACAGCAAAUUGAUAUAUCUUUUUAUUUUCGAAACAGAUAGAAAGAAGCUCUUAUGCAUUUGUUUAAAAUCUGAUCAAUUAUGACUAUUCCUAUUUAAUAAAUGAAUGAUACAAAAGCGUGGCAUUAACGUAUGUCAUAAACCUCAGAGUUGCUUGCCUCAUGAUCAACCUUCUUUUUAAAUAUACAAAGUGUCACUUAUUUCUUUUUUUUAAAUCAUUCCGUUAAAAAGAUAAAAAUGCAUAUUUAGUAGUUAGUCUGCAAAUGUAGCCCCAUGUAUAUUUUGAAUGCAUGUACAUGGACAAUUUCCAGAUACACUUUCACAAUAGAUACGUUUAUGAAUAUUUCAUUAACAGCAGUAUUUAUUAGAACUUACUUUGCUUCACAUAUGAAAUUUCUUACGGCAUCACAAUUUCGAUCGUUCCACAGGGCAUUGUGUCCAUUGAAUAUAAUUUCUAGGCAAUGUUCAACACUUCCUGAAAAGGUAGCAGUAUACAUUUCCCUAGUUAUCUCAUUCUAUUCAGAUGUUAUUGAUUUUACAAAAUAUAACAAAACUAAAACCUGAUUUAUACGGCACAUUGUUUUAAUGGAAUCCUGCCUUAUCCGACGCUGUGCAUUAGUACUGGCACAUUCUCCGUUUGUUGUAUGUAAGCAAAACCUGCUUUUAUAGGAAUCUAGCUAUUUGUAAACUGUUAUACGCCACAUUUCUGAGAUGUUAAAUCGCGAAUUUCACUCUGUCUUAACCGAUAUGCAAAGAUCAUGAAAUAGUCUGAUGACAUUUUAAACACAUAACUAAUAAUGACUUAGUAACGAUGUGAUCGCCAUUUUAUCCAGGGGUAUUCUUAUUCAAUUUCAGAAAUUACUCAUCUUAAGUGGAAAACCGUGUGAAUAAGGAAGUUAUCAAUUUGCAAGUCAAAAUUACCAUGCAAUUUUUGUACCGUACAAAUAAUAAAGAAUAUAACUGGUAUAAAAACUGUUUGUACAACAUCACUAAUUUUAAGGCUUAGGGAUUAAGAUUGCAAAUUUUAAAAGCAAACAGUUGUAUGAUUUUCAAGAGAAGAUUCAUAAACGUAACAGUAGCAUAUGUACAAUUCAGAUCAGUUUAAAACUUGUUUACGAUAUGUUUCUAUAAAAUGUAUGAAAUGUAAUAACAAUAAAGAGUAUGUUCAUACCUGA